CGAUUUCAACGGAAUUGGGUUAGUGGAUUCUAUGUAUAUACUAUAUAGACGAACAGUCCUAAAUAUCCUCAAAUUCAUAUAUUUUCUCUUUACCAUUCCACCAUCUUUCUCUCUCUUUUUAGUUUUACCCACUUCUUGUUUGACUUGUUUUCUACCUCUCUUCCUCCUCCAACACAAACUCUAUUUCCCUCUAUAAAAAUAAAAAAAAAAAUCGCCAUUCUCUAAAAUAACCAAAUAAAAAAAGGAAAAGAUCAAACAAGGAAAAAAUGGCCUUCUUCAUUAAGUCAUGUUUGUUCUUUCUUGUUACGUUCUUUGUCCUUUCAUCUGCUCUUGACAUGUCCAUAAUCAGUUACGACGAAAAGCAUGGAGAUUUAGGAACCACCCAACAUCAUCGUACAGACGAUGAAGUGAAGGGAUUGUACGAAUCUUGGAUUGUUAAACACGGCAAGAAUUACAAUGCCAUUGGUGAAAAGGAGAAAAGAUUUGAGAUUUUUAAGGAUAACCUAAGAUUCAUCGAUGAUCAUAACGCUAAAAAACGACCGUAUAAACUUGGUUUGAAUAGAUUUUCUGAUCUUACCAAUGAGGAAUACCGUGCCAUGUACAUUGGUGGACGGUUAGAUAGGAAGACGAGGUUGUUGAAGAAACCUAAAAGCGAGCGUUACGCUUUUAAGGCAGGCGAAGAGUUGCCGGGAUCGGUUGAUUGGAGGGAGAAAGGCGCUGUUGCUCCUGUUAAAGAUCAAGGCCAAUGUGGGAGUUGCUGGGCAUUCUCGACUGUUGGUGCUGUUGAAGGAAUAAAUCAAAUUGUAACAGGUGAAUUAAUUACCCUAUCAGAGCAAGAGCUUGUUGAUUGUGACAAUAGUUAUAACCAGGGCUGUAAUGGCGGUCUCAUGGAUUAUGCUUUUGAAUUCAUUAAAAACAAUGGUGGCAUUGACACUGAGGAUGACUAUCCUUACCAUGCUCGAGAUGGCAUUUGUGAUUCAAACAGGAAAAAUGCCCGGGUUGUCUCCAUUGAUGGGUAUGAAGAUGUUCCUGAAAAUGAUGAGAAGUCGUUGAUGAAGGCCGUGUCAAAACAACCAGUUAGUGUUGCUAUUGAAGCUGGUGGCAGAGCUUUCCAGCACUACUCUUCGGGUGUUUUUACCGGACAUUGUGGAACACAACUAGACCAUGGUGUAGUUACAGUUGGCUACGGAACAGAAGAUGGUGCAGAUUACUGGAUUGUAAGGAAUUCAUGGGGUCCUAACUGGGGAGAAAGUGGAUACAUUAGGCUCGAGCGCAAUUUUGCUAAUAGCACUGGAAAGUGUGGAAUUGCAAUGGAGCCAUCUUACCCUCUUAAGAGUGGCGUAAAUCCUCCUAAUCCUGGUCCAUCUCCUCCUAGCCCCGUAGCACCAUUAUCUGUUUGCGAUGAGUACUAUAGCUGCCCCCAGGGCACUACUUGCUGCUGCAUCUAUAAGUAUGGCAACUACUGUUUUGGGUGGGGAUGCUGUCCUUACGAGUCUGCUACCUGCUGUGAUGACAACACCAGCUGCUGUCCACAUGAUUAUCCCGUCUGUGAUGUUGAUGCAGGCACUUGCCUAAUGAGCAAGGAUAAUCCAUUGAAGGUAAAAGCAUUGAAGCGAGUUCCUGCUAAAGUUAACUUGUCAGGGAUGAAAUUUAACAGCAAAGUGAGUUAUGCUUGAGUAAUUUUCUAGGGCAUGGAGGUGAAAAACAGCAAAAGGCUCAUGUCUAGAAGAGCUGUUAAUGUGUGUGUCUGGCAUAUGUUGGAUUGAUUUAGUUAUACUACUGUUGUAACUUUAUUUGGACAAAUGUGUAAAUAUCCAUCUUUACAUUUCACAAUGAAAAUUAUAAGUACCGAUUAAUAGA